AUGGAUGCCUACAAGCCAAUCAACAAUCAUCUUACUGUUCGCAAAAGAUUGAGUAAAAGUGAUGGUUCAACAAAUGCGUAUGGUUAUAUUUACAAGAGUAUGAUUGGAUCACUAUUGUUCUUGUCAGCCAUUAUACCUGACAUCAUGUAUGCUACAAGUCUGUUGUCAAGGUUUAUGCAAACACCUUCUUUGUUGCAUUUCAAAGUUGCAAACAGGAUUCUAAGGUAUAUAAAAGGGACAGUGGAGGUUGGUCUCAAGUAUAGGAAGAGGGAUACUGGUGAGCUUCAAGGUUUCAGUGACAGUGAUUGGGCAGGGUUAGUUGAUGACUCCAAAAGCACUGCUACUAACCAUGUUCACUGGUUGAGGAAGAUACUUUUGGAUGUUGGGUUUAUUCAAAAGAAAGGUACUGUACUUCAUGUGGACAAUCAAUUUGCUGUCUCUAUAGCUAAAAAUCCAAUUCAUCACGGUCGCACAAAGCAUAUUUGA